GAUCUUUUUUCUUAUUCUUUCCAUUGCAUUCUAUUAAGAACCAGGAGAGCACUAUUACUAUUUUUAUUUAUAUUUUUUUUAUCAUUUGCUUCGGCUUAUUUUUACUUCUAUCCCUGUAAAAGACAGAACUGAGGGCAAAGAAAGAAAAUUGAUUUGAAAAAAUCUAAAGCCGGAGAAAGGAGGGAAACGUAGUCACUACUAUUAUCUACUCGAUUCGGAAUCCUAAUCUUCGUCCCUUCUCACAUUCAAUCAGGUAUUGACUAUCUAGGGCUUCACUGUUUACAACCCUGCAAACCACGAAACCAUUUGUUGUUAAUGUCUUUAAUCUUAACGCAUGAUUCCUUUCCUGAAUACAAAGUAAACCGACUUGUCUGUGCUACUAAAUUUUGGACCCCUUGUGUAAAUGUGUUUCAGCGUAUGGGUUGAGAACUUGAGCCGUUGUCAUCGGGAAGUUGUACAUAUUUUGAAUAUCUAAUUUUGUUUGGCUCAUUGGUUCUUUUUUAUAUAUAAUGUUGUAUUUUUUUAUGUUGGUUUCAAUUUCAGAAUCCAAUUCAUAUGAGUCGAAUGGGUGAGCGUGUAAAAUGAAUCAAAAAAUUAGAUUAAAAUAAGAAACUAAGAUUCAUAUUUCUUAUGAUAAUUAAAUGUAGUGUUGAUGUAGCCUUGAAAUUUGAGAUCCUAAACAUACCAUCAAAUAAUGGUAAAAGGGUAAUUUUUCGCAUUCAGCAACAUUAUCAAACAACAUGUUUUCAUUCAGAGUCUUUGAAAAUCAUUCAGAGGUUACCAAUCAGCCCCAAAGAUAGAUAAUAAGUGACCUAUGGUUGACUUGUAAUUGUAUUGGUAAAAAUGGCUACGGUUGCAAUGAGUGGUGCUUCUUUGAAGGCCACCAAUACGAUCAAAAGAAAGACGCCUUCAGAGUUGAGAGAUGAACAGUUGAAACGCAAGAAGAAAGUUGUUGAGCUUAUGGAUGAAUCUCCAGCACCAGAGCCUGGUUUCAUUUUAAAUGAUAAUGGAUUGACAUCUGUGGCUAUGAAAGCUUCAAAGAAUCCCAGAUACAUUGACACCCGUGUGGAUGAACUGUUUCCCAGUAGGAAAAACAGUCAAAGGCUGAAAAUGCAAUCUGUAAAGGAACAUGUUAAGGAAAAUAUGACUACUGAUCAUACUAAUUUCAGCCAAUCCGAGUUUUCAAGUCGAAAAGAUACAAAUGCAUCAACUUCAACUACAAGCACCAAAAAAUUCAAAUCUACACAUUCCCACAUCACCACUAAAAAAUGUAGCAAGAUAAGUAUGUUUUCUAGUGUUAUGGAGCUGUCAUCGGUGGGUGCCAAGUCAUCGGGUGUUUCACUUGAUAUGGAUGAAGCCUUCAAAGGGCUUGCAACUCGUAAACUUCCUAUUGUCUCUCCUUCACACACUGAAUCUAUUGAUAGAAAUGUAAAUUUUUGCUCAGAAUUUCAUAUUUGUGAACACAAAGUUCCUUUGGAUUUCACAUUGAAAACUAGUAUGUGUGUAAUUGCUUCAUCUUCUGUAAAUUGGUUUCAUAGGUUGAUGAGCUGUGGCACAUUCCAUGGUCUCGGGCAGUCCAAUUCUCAAGUUGGAUACCAGAAAACAAACUGCCCGACUGCCCAAAUUUCCAAUAUGAAACCUUUAUAUUCAUGGGUGUAUCCACAAUGCUCUCUACCUCCUUCAGUUAUAUCAGCUUUGACUUUACUCCCAAAAGGGGAAGGUCAAAUGGAUGUUUUGACCAAACGUCAGUUGGCAUGGGAGGCCUCAUUUCGAAGCCUUUAUGUCAUGAUGCGUAACAACAUUUGUAAUUUAUUCUAUGUCUGUACUGGACAGUUUGUGGCAAUGUUUACUAAUCUAAAUGGUGCAUGCAAUGCUUAUGUGUCCCAAUCAACACAAAGCUUGAGGUCACUUCUAAAAGAACAAGACAUCUUUUUCACUAUGCCUCUUUUCAAUUCUAAAGUGGAGCAAGCGACUACAGAAGAGCUUUUUGAGCUUUCAGAAAUUGAAAAGCAUAAUCUAGGAAAGACUAGGCACACAAAUUCUCUAUUUGAUGUGGAUAAUAGUCCCAAAUCAUUGCUAAUGUUCAGUGACAAGAAAAAUGUACAUGGGCUAUAUGACUUUCUGCUUAACUAUAGGUUUAUUUUACCAUCCUUGAAUAGUUUGGAUGUGCCUUUACUUUAUUCAGCGGUGCCAUUUGAAAAUGCUGCUGUUUCUGCACCCGAGGUUAAAUGCAAGGAAGUAAGGAGAAUGGAUCAUAUGUGUGCUCCAACUUCUGAUUCCUAUUACAGUAUUGAAUUAAAGGAUGCAUAUCUUCCUCCAUGGAUAAUUAGCAGUGUAUGUGAUGCAAUUAAGUUGAAUGGAGAUGAUACUUUUGAAGCAAGUUUUGUGAUUGAACCAAUCUCGAUUGGGUUGAAUGUUGGCCUUGAAGGUGUGCAUGAUGAGACUUGUGCAUAUGGUAUUGGGAACACGGUUGUUUCUCAUCAAUUGAGCCGUGGGUUUUUGAAAGGCUUAAAGUAUUCAGACAAAUCUUAUGUGUUGUCUUUGUUGCCUGUUUGAAGCUAUUUUGUCCUGAAAGUGUUGCAUUUGAAUUUAAGUUAUGUACUUAAUGUGUUUUUGGUUAUUGAUUGUAUAUCAACUCUUUCUUUCUUGAA